ACAGAUGUAUGCACCUCAUUUACAUUAAGAGGUCGGUAUGCACGCAUAUGUGUUGAAGUUUCCAUGGGUGUUCCGGUUAAAAAAUCUGUUCACAUAGGACAACACAAGCAACCUAUCAUCUAUGAGGGAUCCGACAUCUUCUGCAAUAGUUGUGGAGUCCUGGGACAUAACGCCAUAAACUAUGUGGUGCCACAGACAAAUCAACAAAAUAUGCAAGCUAUGGAAAUAAGGCAAGGCGACAAUGCAAGAGGUUCCGAUGUGCAGACGUCAACUCCUUAUAUGGCAGAUCCAGAAGAGAAAUGGCAAACGGUAACCUUCAAUAGGCAGAAGAAGCAGAACAAAAGAACGCCAAAAAAAAUCAAUAACGAACCAGGGAACUUCUACUUAAACUUGGAAACCCUCUGGUGCAGCAUAAAUACAGGGAAGAAAAUCAAGUGGCAGAUACCUUGGCUAAAGAGGAGUCUAGAUUGAAGGAAGCUAACUCCCUCGUACUUUGGACAACUCCUCCAUUGAUUGUUUCUAGUAGAAUAGAAGCAGAUAAAGUAUGAACUCUUUAUGUUAGGCUAAAAAAAUCGUCUUCUACUAUAAAAGGUAUUAAUGUGUAUAAUGUAAACCCAAUCCCUUUCCCAAACGUUACUAGCCAUACUGGGCCAU